AUGAAAUGCCCCUCGAUCAAUUCCCUCGGCCGUCUUGCCAGCAACAGGUCAUGGACAUGUACGAAUUGCCGCACCCAGUUACUCGUAGCCCAUGUCAGGACGACACAACGAUCUAUCGCAAGACAAUAUACGACCAACUCUUCUGGAUACUCGGGGAAAACACAUAAGCAACCGAAGACAAGAGUUACCGUAUUGACUGCUGCUACUACGGCUGCGGCUGGAGUAGGUGUCUUAGCAUUCACAGAUGACAUUAAAGCUGGAUACGAUGCUACAGAACGUUCGGGAAGAGUUGCUGCAACACUGGCAUUAUGCAUCAAUGAUUACCGAACUUCCUUAAACCAACGUGACCAUACAGAGGAUUUCGAUGAAAAGGACCAUAUACUAAGAGCAUGCCACAAGAGGUGUGCAGAACGGACACUCAAAGUGCUCGAAAAAAAUGGAGGGAUAUUUAUUAAAUUAGGACAGCACUUGAGUGCUAUGACUUAUCUACUCCCACGCGAAUGGACCGAUACGUUUAUACCGCUACAAGACAAAUGCCCAGUAUCUUCGUUCCAAUCGAUCGAAGAAAUGUUCCGCGCCGAUACAGGUGAAGAGCUCAAAGACUAUUUCUCCGAAUUUUCAGAGCAGCCAAUAGGGGCUGCCUCUCUUGCUCAGGUCCAUCUAGCGACGGUGAAAGAAAAUGGUCAAAAAGUUGCCGUAAAAGUCCAACAUCCAGGUUUGGCGCAAUGGGCACCUCUCGAUUUGGCCCUAACCAAGUUUACUUUCUCAACCUUGAAGAAGUGGUUCCCCGAGUACGAUCUGGAGUGGUUAGCUUCUGAGAUGGAAGUCUCUCUACCCCAAGAACUUGACUUUCAGCUCGAGGCCGCGAAUGCGAUUCGAACGCAAAAGUACUUUGCGCAGCAUACUGAACUACCACUCGUGAUUCCCGAUGUCCUUUGGGCGAAGAAGCGGAUAUUGGUUAUGGCGAAUGAAUCGGGCCAUCGUCUUGAUGACCUCGAAUACCUAGACUCGAAUCAUAUCGAUCGUGACGAAGUCUCUGCCACGCUGGCCCACAUCUUCAAUGAAAUGAUCUUUGGUAAGGGUGCGCCGCUACACUGCGACCCCCAUGGUGGCAACCUCGCUAUCCGGAAGGCAACCCCGAAGAGACGAGGAGGUGCCAACUUCGAAAUUAUUAUAUAUGACCACGGACUGUAUCGGGAUAUUCCCGAGAGCUUGCAACGAUCUUAUGCCAAGAUGUGGCUGGCAGUCAUCGAUGGAAACAUGCCUGCCAUGAAGCGAUACGCACACGAAGUAGCCGGGAUCACGGAUGAGCAAUUUCCUCUGUUUGCCAGCGCUAUUACAGGCCGCGAUUAUACAGUGGUCAAGUCAUCUAUCUUAAAGUCACGAUCCGACGAGGAAAAGAAGACCAUGGGUGAUGCGCUGCAAGAAGGCCUACUAUCAGAUCUCGUGACUAUGCUCGGACAAGUGCCUCGAAUCAUCCUACUCAUCCUAAAAACCAACGACCUAACACGCAGUCUCGACGAAAAUCUACACACCCGCCAAGGCCCGAUGCGGAGCUUUAUGAUCCUAGCCCGGUACUGCGCACGCACGGUAUUCCGCGAGCAAGUCGAGGAAAUCCGGGAGCGGCCCGGUACCUUGCUAUGGCCUGGCAAUGCGCUACGGUUUAUGGCCGCGUGGGUGGGAUACCUGCGUGUGGAGCUAAAGCUCGAGGUCUUCGAGCUGUGGCUUACGGUCAAAAGGAUCGUGGGCAUAAGCACGGUUCACUACGGGAGCGCUGUAUCAUUAUAA